UGCAGGACGCCCUUCCAGGGAGCCUCACAUGCUGGACAGCGGGCUAGGGGCCACUCGGGCCAGGUCCCCACCCCAGAGCUGCCUCGAGGGUCCAGAGGGGAUCUGUCCCCACCCCGUGCUGGGUUGUGCUCCCAGGCCUCUACCCCUGUGCAGUGCAGCCCUGAUGGGGAUCCAAGCUGUCGAACGGCUGCGCCUGGCUGACGGCCCCCACAGCUGUGCAGGGCGGCUGGAGGUGAGACAUGGUGGUCACUGGGGGACCGUGUGUGACGAUGGCUGGGACCUGCGGGACGCAGCGGUGGCCUGUCGGGCACUGGGGUGUGGGGGGGCGCUGGCCGCCCCGGGGGGCGCCUUCUUUGGGGAGGGCACGGGUCCCGUGUGGCUCAGCGAGCUGGACUGCCGCGGCGGCGAGGCGGGGCUGGGCCUGUGCGCACACCGCGGCUGGAAGGCACACGUCUGCUCACACGAGGAGGACGCCGGCGCGGUCUGUGCAGGUCAGCGUGUGGCCGACAUGGGGGAUGGCGAUCAGUCAGCCUCGCCCCUUGAUGCAGACCCCCUGCUGGUGCUGUCUGGGGCCCUGAGUCCUGACUCGGAGGAGCCCCCCCAGAGGUCACAACCUGCUGGGAUCCACGCUCCUCACCAGGCUGGGACCCCCCAGAACAGCGCCCGGAAGAAAAGUCCACGUCCACCCAAGCAGGUCAAGUCCACACGCGCCCCCGUGCUGAGUGCAGGGGCUCCCCGGCAGGAGCGGCUGCGCUUGGUGUCGGGCCCCCAUGGCUGCGCUGGGCGGCUGGAGGUGAGACAUGCUGGGCGCUGGGGGACCGUAUGUGACGACAGCUGGGACCUGCAGGACGCGGCCGUGGCCUGCCGGGAACUGGGCUGCGGCGAGGCACUGGCCGCCCCCGGAGAAGCCAGGUUUGGGACCGGCGCAGGGCCAGUGUGGAUGGAUGAUGUGGGAUGCAGAGGCAGUGAGCUGGCCCUGCGGGACUGUCCCCGGAAGCCCUGGGGCCGCAGCAACUGUGACCACAGCGAGGACGCAGGGCUGGUGUGCAGCGGUCCAGCCCCACGGCUGCGCCUGGCUGAUGGCCCCCACGGCUGUGCCGGGCGGCUGGAGGUGUGGCAUGCAGGGGUCUGGGGGACCGUGUGUGAUGACGGCUGGGACCUGCGGGAUGCGGCGGUGGCCUGCCGGGCGCUGGGUUGUGGCAGGGCGCUAGCCGCCCCUGGGGGCGCCUUCUUCGGGGAGGGCCCGGGGCCCAUCCUCCUGGACAACGUGCGCUGCCGAGGCAAUGAGACAGCUUUGAGCUUCUGCCCUGCUCGGCCCUGGGGCCAGCACGACUGUCACCACCGAGAGGACGCGGGGGCCGUGUGUGAUGCCCCUGCCAGCAACAGCAAUGGCUCCACACCCAGGGGGGCACCACGGCCAGAGUCCUCCAUGCUCCCCGCUGCGAGCCAAGCCCCCAGGACAAGGACUGCAGACGUGUCACCCCCUCCAGCACCCCCCACUGCCUCCCACGAGUCCAUGCCGGAAGCUGGGUCCCCCCGGCUGCGCCUGGUGGCAGGGCCCAGCAGGUGCUCGGGGCGGCUGGAGGUGUGGCACGGCGGGCGCUGGGGGACCGUGUGUGAUGACGCCUGGGACCUGCGGGACGCGGCUGUGGCCUGCCGGGAGCUGGGCUGCGGGGCAGCACAGCCACAGGACCCUGCCAUGGGCCGCUUCGGGUGGGGCUCUGGCCCCAUCUGGCUGGACGAUGUGGACUGUGUGGGGACUGAAGCAUCGCUCUCUGACUGCCCCGCCGCCCCCUGGGGGAAGCACAACUGUGCUCACAACGAGGAUGUCGAAGUGACCUGCACAGGGACCUCUGGUCUUGACACCCUCUCAGACCCCUUAAGCUGGAGCUGGAACCCGGACGCCUGGCUCCCAGUGGAGCUGGUAACCAAGCACCCUGUCAGGCUGGCCACCAGUGUCUCCAUGGAGAAGCCCACCAGCCCCAUCCUAGGGAAGAUGCCCAAGAGCACCAGGAAGUGGGCAAGAAAAGGCGCCAAGUGGCCGACCACGAAAGCCCCCCAAGGCCGCCUGGAACUGACCUCCCAGGCCACCGUUUCCCCCACCGAGGCUCUCUCCAGGCUGCCUUCACACCCCGCUGCAGCACAGACUCCCAGGGACCUCACCACUCAAGACCCCCAAGACAUGACCUUGGGAGGCACCACACAGCACAGCCCCCUGACCUCCGUGGGGGCACCUCCACCAUCCUCCAAAGAUCUUUCCUCCACUGGAAGCCCGGUGGAAGACUCAGGGCUGUUCAGGAUCCGUCUGGCCGAUGGGCCCAACCGCUGCGCCGGGCGGCUGGAGGUGAGGCGCGCGGGCCGCUGGGGGACCGUGUGUGACGACGGCUGGGACCUGCGGGAUGCGACGGUGGUCUGCCGGGAGUUGGGCUGCGGCCGGGUGCGGCCCCGUGUGGGCAAGACCCACUAUGGCCCUGGCACAGGCCCCAUCUGGCUGGACGACGUGGGCUGCAGGGGCGCUGAGGACUCGCUGAGCCACUGCCUGGCAAGCCCCUGGGGCCAGCACAACUGUGACCAUGAAGAGGAUGUGGGGCUCACCUGCACAGGCCAAACAGACGCUGACGACUAUCCUCCCUGGACCUGGGACCCCACCUCGGGGGAGGACCUGGCCAAGGGGAGCACCAACAUUGGGCUGUCCAGCAACACACUCCACUGGGGCAGCACCUCCCCUGCAACAAGGCACCUUCCGAGUACAGAUGGUGAGGAAGACUCUGAGCCUUCCUGGAUGUGGGACACGCCCUCAAGUGGGACAUUGGCUCAGGGAACCCCAACAGCAAGCCCAUCACGAGCUACUUCUGCCAUCAGCACCACUAGCAGCCCUGACCGCCAUGCUCCAGCUCCAAGGGCCCGCGGGGACCAAGGUGCCGCGGGCAUCGGCCAGCGGAAGCUGGAGCGUCGCACGCUGCGCCCCGCAGCGCAUGGGGCCGCGACCCCCACCGCCUCUCCAGCCCCCGCCACCGGGUCCGCAUCCCCCGGGCCCUCGUCGACCCCUCGCACACCGCCGCGGCGCAGUGCCAAGGCAACGUCUAACAGAGGGCUGGCCCUGCCCGCCGUGUCCAGGGAACUGGCCUCUGACCCCUCUAUGCCCAUGACUGUGCCCGGCAGCACCCCUACGUCGGCACUGAGCCCAGAACCGCCGGCCACUCAGCACCCCACCACGCGUCCAGAAUCUUCCAGAUCCUCAGACGUUCCCACCAGCCUCCAGCCCAUCACACCUCCUUCCCCAGUCACAAACACUGCCCCCACCGGCCCAUGCGUGACCCCGACACCGCCUCUGCGCGUGAUGGCCUGCGAGCCAGCAGCCCUGGUGGAGCUGGUGGCAGCCGUGAGGGAGGGACUGGCGCAGCUGGGAGAGGCCGUGCGGGAACUGGGCAGGGGCACCUGGCAUGCCAGCACAUCUGCACUGUCCACAGCUGUCCCAGAGGAGGAGGAGGAGGAGCGGCCUCUGAGGGGGGACGUGUGA